AUCGACCCCUUUCACUGCGGCUUGAAAGCUGAGCGGACUGGCCCGCUUCUGAUCCAAAUCACAGCUAUCGCUCUUUGUGAAAUAUAAAACACACUUCUGUCGACUUUGUGACAUCCCCUGGUCCUUCGCAAAUGCAAGCAAUUAAAUGCGUGGUGGUCGGCGAUGGGGCCGUGGGUAAGACCUGUCUGCUGAUCAGCUACACCACCAAUGCCUUCCCAGGAGAGUACAUACCCACUGUCUUUGAUAACUACUCUGCCAAUGUGAUGGUAGAUGGGAAACCAGUGAAUCUGGGUCUCUGGGAUACAGCAGGACAGGAAGACUAUGACAGACUCAGACCUCUGUCGUAUCCACAGACGGAUGUGUUCUUGAUAUGCUUCUCCCUGGUCAGCCCGGCCUCCUUUGAGAACGUUCGAGCUAAGUGGUACCCGGAGGUGAGACACCACUGCCCCAACACCCCCAUCAUCCUGGUGGGCACCAAGCUGGAUCUCAGAGACGACAAGGACACCAUAGAAAGGCUGAGGGACAAGAAGCUGUCCCCCAUCACCUACCCCCAGGGCCUGGCCAUGGCACGGGAGAUAGGUGCUGUGAAGUACCUGGAAUGCUCUGCCCUGACCCAGCGAGGGUUGAAGACAGUGUUUGAUGAGGCCAUCCGCGCUGUGCUCUGUCCUCCACCAGUCAAGAAGAGGGGCAAGAGGUGCACAGUGUUCUGAAGGCUAUCUUUAGUCCAGGAGGAACAUUCAACAUGGCGACCGUCGUCGUGACGAUACGUCCAUUACUAAUACAGCAUCAACAUAAUGACCACUACUUCUCUUCGGGACAUAUCCUAACUUGAGACACCACAUAACGGAAAUGUAACUGACGUUUGUGUAAAUAACGCAUUCAUGUCAAAAUACUGGACUUUUUCUCUUCUUUUUUUUUACAAUAGGAAAAUCGUUUGAGGUGUAGAGAUGUUUUCACGAUUCCAUUUGUUUGUUGUACACAGAGGAAAGCACUCAUCUGUGGAGAAAGGUCUCACUCAUACAACCCUGCUCUCUCUCAGUCCUGUUUGCUUGUGUUGAUAACAGUUGACAACAGCAGUAGUGUGAAUACGUGGCUCUGGGUAGAAGCUGCCCUUAGAUCCAGAUCUUGGAUCAGCGUACCCUUCAAAUUCAAACCCUGACCGUUUCAAGGGGGGAAAAAACAACUAAACUGAUCGUAGAUAAGUGUUUAGGGGCAAUUUCACCCGAAUCUGUGAAGUGAAUAAUGUGACACGGACAAGCAUGCCAGAUGGGAGGGGUACAACCUCGCUGCCAGAAUAAUACCUCAGAUGGAGGUGCUUGCAUGGGUCUAAACCAUCUCCAUCUUUUUUUUUUUUUUUUUGUAUCUAUGUCCUUUGUACAUGUCCAUUAGCAUUUUUCUGUGUGUGCAAGCGCACAUGCAUGUCACUCUGUGUGUGGGGGAGAGUCAAGUUUCAAGCAGUUUCACACUUUUGGUACUAUUUCAUAUUGUAUUGUAGUGAUACAAAAGACUGCAACCAACUGUUGGAUUAAAAAAAAGAAAAGGGAAAGGACGAUCACAACCGUGGUCUGUUUUAUGUGUUACCCAAACUAAGUCUAGUGAUGUACAAAAUAACGUUUAGAGAAGGAAUGCAUUAUGGAUAUAUCUAUUUAUUAUGUACCUGAAUAUUUAGCUGUUUAAUUCCAGACAACUCAAAA